AUGAGAGGGCAAAGAUCAAUUGUGAAGACGUCGGUACGAUUACCUCGAAAUUAUGUGUACGGCGACUCUGACGAACAGACAUUCUCACCUAAGAAUUUUGAAGGUCGACUUGCUGCCAAAUCUGGAGCCCUUCUGUCUCAGGACUACUUGAAUUCAUGGAGUUGGGCAGAUAUCGACCGCCUGGAACGUGGAGCGCCAAGUAAUAGCAUACUGGAUGUCUGCGUUGGACACGGCGGUAGUCACUCAUUGUCUAUACAUAUCAACAAAUCCGGCAACAAAAGUGUCAUCGUCGGCAAACAAUGUUUGGACGGACAGAAUUAA